UUAGUCGCUAUCGUGAGUCACUGCAACGAACAUCGCGCUUUGGCACACUGGACUGAUUAAAAAGACGAAAAGAUAGCCAAAAUAUAAUCGAUCGAGCUGAGUCACCCGCGAAAUACAGAGCUUGUGUAUCCUGGCGUGGGUCAAUCAGUUAAUUGUGGACCAUUGAGAAGGCUCGGGUUUCGCGCGCGCAGUUCUUCUCGCGACGUGAUCCAAAACGGACACGGGUUUGAAUUUUGAAAUCGUGCUCUCGGAAGGGCAACCAAAUGCAUAACUUAUUUAUUGUUGGAGUGUUCUGAGUGUGCAUAGCGAAAGCGUUUGCGACAAUCGCAAUAAGCUGAUAAACAACACACCGGAGGAAUUUCCGAGAUAAACCGCGAUAAGAUUGAACGGUAAAGUUAUAACGGUAACUGGUGAACUAAGCAAAAUCCUUGUAAUCAGUUAGUGAUCGCAUUUUGACUCGCCAAGACGUGUGUGUUGAGUUGGGACAGAAAACGUGAACCGAAUUCGUACGUGAUGACGGUUUUAAGUUCUGGGGAAUAUGGAGGCGCCUCACCAGCACCCCCACCACCCCCUCCACCCAGUUCAGCGGCAGUACCAGCAACUUCGGCGUCACCGCGACUCAACGGCUCCACUAAGGCUGAUGCUCCGAAUCAGCACCUUUUGAUGGCCGACAUUCGCAACGGAGUUACGCUGAAACCGACUAAAACCAAAGAUAACAGCACUCCGGCGUUCAUCAAGAAAUCCGGCGGUGCCAACACCAGUCCAUCUUCACCACCCGCGCAGCUCAAUGGAAACGACGGAGGAGACACGUCGAUGGCGGGAAUGAAGGACGCCCUCCAAGUGGAAUUGCGAAACACUCUGAAACGAAAAGUCAAGAAACAGGACGUCGAACGAGGCGACAGCACCAAGAAAGAUGAAAUCGAAAAAGCGAUGGAAACUAGUCGAACCGAAGUGCAGUUGAAGGUGAACACGAGUACCAAGGUAUCUCCGGCCGUGGUGAAUAAAGACACUUUGGAGGCAAGUGUGAUUAGGAGUAAUGGCGUUCAGUCAGUUCCUAAUACAGUAGACGAAACGAACAGUGCUUCAAACGGGAUUUCUGUAGUUGUUAAAGAAAAUCCCAAAACGUCUCCGUUUUUGGUAAAGAAGAAUGUACCGAAUGGUCAAACGUCUCCGUUCUUGGUAAAGAAGAAUGUACCAAAUAGUCAAACUAAUGGAGUUCAGAAAAGUUCUGUAAAAACUCUGCAACUGAAUGGCGAUAUAGGGAAACCACCUGCAGUUGUAAAUGGAAGCAAAGUAGAGGUGAAACAAACAACGAUUCAGAAUACAGUUCAAAAUUCUGCUCCACCAAAGCCAGCAAGAACCUUGCUAAAUAUCACAGCAGAUGCUUCUAAAUCAGUUGCUGAUACUAACGUUAGCACUAGAAAGGAACCCAUCAAACAACACAGCCCAGUGAAAGUGGAUAUAAAGCCAUAUGAAAACUCUAGAAUGCCACUCAAUGGAACACUGAGGAAAGUUAGCCCUCAAAAACCGCUAACAAUCGACGUCACCGCUAGUCAGGACAACCAACUAAAGAACACUAUCUUAUCUCCAGAGGUGGUGAGCGGAAACGCUGCUAUACGACCAUCGCAGAUAAAAUCGCUGACUCAGCAAGGCAGUCACGUUUCUCAUACCCAUAUAUUAGAGAAUCCCAAACCAAUCGGUAAAAGCCCCAUUUCACUGGUGGAAUCCCCUCAAUAUUCGUACACGCCACCCACCCCUAAGAGUAUCAGUCCAGCCAGUAGUUCCCAAGCCUCGCCUCGGACUCCCACUCGUACCACUAUUCUGGACACCAAAAUCAGCAACACUUUGCUCUCACCGAAGCCAGACCCAAAUGCUCCCCAAAAGAAGCUCAUGAUAUCCCAUCCGAAGGCCAGUUUCACCCUGAAGCGCAACAGUGUGCAGAAGAUUGAGAACGUGCAUCCAACGGAACCCAAGCCUGUUUUCCGCAUUCUGUCAAACUUGGAGCAGUCCGAACGGGUGGAAGCAGAGCAAGAGAACAAAACACUUCCAAGGCCAUCGGCAAAAAGGGAUCCCCCCAAGCCCGAUGAACCAGGAGUGGAACCCAUUCUCACCUCGUUCGUGAGUUUCGCCAAAGAACUGGGCAACGCGCCCAAUAACUACCCGGACCUAGUCACGAAAAAAACCACGGUCGGCGUUGUGAAGCAGGAUCUUUUCCUAGACAAUACCAAUCUGCGUGAUAUUAAGAUCGACAUCGUGGAAGGUGGCCAACUGAAGGUUGUUAGCAAGUGAACAGACAUGCACCGGGUGCGUGCCGAAAUAGUCUGAUAAGAGCAGCUGAUAUGUAGUUUUACGAUUAAGACUGAGAAAAUGCGUAGCAACUUGAUUAUAGAUGGUUUUGAAUUCUAGCACGCAAAUGGGUGUGUUCGAAUGAUUCCGUGGGAAAGCGAUUGCAAACUGGAUAAAAGCAUGCAAAGUUCCAUAAUUGUUAGGCUUUUUAAAUCAUAUAUUCAAUCGGUUAAGUUUUAGAUAUACCAUAUAAAGUAAGAAAUCAAAGAACUAAUCAGAGUAACUGAUGCAUGAUUUGUUAAGCAUAAUUAGUCUGAAGCAUGUUUCAUUAUUUUUUUACUGAUAAGUAGAAAUAUAUUACCGAUUUGAAAUAAA